UAAAUUGGAACAAGACUGAAUAAACAAUAUUAUAAUUAAACUAAAGAAAUGUAAAAGACAAUGUGUGCGUCCACACUGAAUGCGCGGUGACUGAGGCCUAGGCGGGUGCGACAUGCGGGGGCGUGAGGUGGCCGCAGUGACGCGCGACCUUUCGAAGCGGCUAGACGUUUUAUCAGGUGUUGCAAACCAUGGACGACGAUUUGGUAUUUUUACUAGAUACUAAUCCUAUCCUACGAUGUGAGGUGCUCAACAUGAGAGAUGGUGUGCACGAAAUAAAUAAAAACAGAGAACAAUGUGGUGAAUUUUAUAAUUUGUAUGAAAAAAUGAGAUUAUAUCCUACAAAAUUUUUUGAGUACACUAGAAUGCCCAUAUCGACAUUUGACUACAUUUUAAGUAAAAUAUCAGAUAAAAUAACCAAAGAAGAUACAAACUUUCGCAAAAGUAUUAGUCCUAAGGAGAAAUUGUUUAUAACUCUAAGGUUUCUGUCAACUGGAACUCCGUUUAGAGCACUGGCUUACAGUUUUCGUAUGGGGAAAAGUACCCUUGCAUCAAUAGUUCACGAAACAUGCCGUGUUUUAUGGACUGAGUUAGUUCCUAUUCACAUGCCGAUACCUACUGAACAACGUCUGAAAGCUAUUGCAGAAGAUUUUGAAGCUACCUGGAAUUUCCCCCACUGCAUCGGAGCAAUUGAUGGGAAACAUUGCGAGAUAAAAAAACCACCUAAAAGUGGUUCGGCACAUUGGAGCUAUAAAAAAAGAAAUACAAUUGUUAUGCCAGCUGUAGCUGACGCAAAAAGGAGAUUUAUAGCAGUUGAAGUUGGCGGUCGAGGCAAGCAAAGUGAUGGUGGUACUUUCGUUGCAUCAAAACUAUACAAACUUAUAGAACAAAAUAAAUACAAAGUUCCUAUGCCAAAGAGACUUGCAAAUUCUGAUGUCGUUGUAUCCUUCGUCCUAGUGGGUGAUGAAGCAUAUCCGUUGAAACAUUAUUUAAUGCGUCCUUAUCCCGAGCGAGUACUUAAUAACGAAAGAAAAAAUUUUAAUAUAAGAUUGUCUACCGCUAGACAAACAAUCGAGUGCGCAUUUGGCAUUUUAACAUGUAAAUGGAGAAUAUUACUAAAACCUAUCGAAACUAACAGGAAAAAUGCCUUGUCUAUAAUAAAAGCUGUGUGUAUAUUGCACAAUGUUGUAAUGGAUUUAAACGUCGAUGUCGAUCUGGAUAUUGAUCAUAUGCUGUCUAACCCGCCAAUAAAUGAAAAUCAAAAUUAUCAGAGAAACCUCGGAGUAAAUAAUAAUCCAUCACGAAGAGCAAAAAAUGUUAGGAUAAAAUUCACAAAUUAUUUCUGGGAACAGUUUUUAAGAAUGUAAUAAAUAUAUAAUAUUAAACUUACCUUCACUUUC